GUCUCGUCCAUACGAAAAAAAAAAAAAACAUAUACAGAAAUGAAUAGGCGAGACUUCACAGCUGCGCUGCCGAACAAGACCAUUCUUAUAUCAUCUCAUUCUAAAAAAAAAAAAAAACAUAUCAACGGGAUUUAGUAAAUCCCCUCCGGCGAGAUUUAGGUUAAAAUUCUGCUGUAAAUCCGUUACCAGACAGGCUCUUGAUUCCCGGGAACGGUUGAUGGUAGGCACAAACAUGAAGCACUAGUUCGAGUUCAGAUGCUGGGGAGAACAUUGGAUCUCGUAUAAAUCGUCUCUAAUCGAGGAUUUUGUGGAUCGGAGGUGGGGGUUCGAUGAGCGUUGUGGUCGAGAGGGAAGAAUGGGUGCUGAGCCCCCUUAUUUAUGGCUUCAUUUUCGCCUGCUGCUUCUUCUCCGUGUUUCUCUUUCCCUCUUGCGAGGGGGCGGAGCCGCGAGGACGACGACAACAGCUUCCGGUCUUUUCGAUGUCGGCCCCACCACGCCAUUCCUACGUUUCCAGAGGAGUUUCCUGCUCCUCUACUCUUUCGCGUCGGUUCAUGGGUAAGUUAACUUAUGCAGUGAUGGAGGGUCUUGAAUCGAUGUAUGGGGAGUAUGAGUUUGCGUACCAUGGGAUGAGUGGAGAGCAGAUGGUUUUGAUAACAUCUGCCGGAGUGGCUGUUUCGCUCGUUUUUGGCACUUUUGUAGGCUUUCUUUCUGAUAUCAUAGGCCCAAGAAUUUUUUGCAUCUUGUUUUGCUUCUUCCAUCUUCUGGUGGGCGUUUUGAAGAGUGUGGCCUGGCACCCAAGUAUGUUACUGUCUAGUCUGUGCAUGGGAAUUGCUUCUACUAUAUAUUCAAUUUGUUUUGAGACCUGGAUGGUAACAGAACAUGAAAAGCAAGGUCAUAAGAUAAAUCUGCUGAGUGAUACCUUUUGGCUGAUGACCUUAUUUGAGUCUGCUUCUCUUCUUGGUAGUCAAGGGCUUGCAAAUCUUUUAAUCAAGGGUCUCGAGAGGGGGCUUCUUUUGCCAUCUGCCCUUGCAGCCCUUUUGGCAAUUAUAAGCAUUCAUUAUUUAAGGAAGGAAUGGAAUGGAAACUACCAAAAUGCUACGAUUGAAAAUUAUCAGAAGUCAUUUACAGUGCGCAUUUUUGCUGACAAAAGCAUAUGGAUGCUAGGAUGGGCUCAAGCAAGCGUCCAUUUUUCCUUGUCAGUCUUUUGGAUUCUUUGGGCUCCAACCAUAGUGGAAGAUGGGAGGGAAGUGCAGCUGUCACAUAUAUAUCCUUGUUUUCUUGGUUCAAGGAUGCUUGGAAGCACUACCUUUCCAUGGUUUUCUGGUGCUGCUUCGCCUUUGCACAAUGAAGAUCAGACUCACUUAAUAGCCGCAUUUGCUGUUGCCGGACUGGUUUUGUCAAUAAUUGCAUAUGAUUAUCAGGAUAUCGGAGUUCUGGUGGUCUUGUUCUGCAUCUUUCAUGCUUGCAUUGGUUUAAUUUCACCAUCUCUAGCUAGGUUGAGAACAAUGUAUAUUCCCAAUGAGUUGCGUGGAGGCAUGGUUAGUGCAUCUCUGGUACCAGCAAAUGCAGCAUAUUUAUUCGUACUAGUUAUUGGGGGUUAUUAUCGGAGCCUCAACAAUGCUGCUAUUAUGGCCUUUGCUGCUGUUGGGUUAUUGAGUGCUGCGGGCUGCAUCUAUGUAUUGAGAUGGAGAAAGCAUCCUCGUCAAAACUGGCAUGAUCUAUAGGCCUAAUUAUUUUUUGUUGUUCUCAUCUGAAGCGGUAGUAGGUUAGUAAUCCUCUGCUUGUUUCCCUUUUGAUUUUCUCCCUAUGAUAUCUUGCUGCUGGUGCAUCUGUUGUAAACAAACAUAUGAUUUUGGAGUUCAAUUGGUCUAACUGUCUUUUUUU